CUCGAGCCAAGGCGGCAUGGAGGCGGGCUGCUGCCGCUGCUGUUGGUGCGUUUGAGCUCCUCCUGUCCAAGCUGGGUUUUAUUUUGAGGGUCGUAAAGUAACUCUACUCCAGCACAAAAUAUUUUUCUUCACUGAACUGACCUGUGGGAGAAAGAACCGAAGCUCUCUAGGAGGAGAAAACUUCCUCGUUUGACAUCCGGUGGAGCGAAAAGCAGGGGGGAUGGUGUCUGCGUACGAAGGCCAGUCUUUUGCUGCUCUGAGGAGGCGGUGCAGGCAGAAUGGGACCCUGUUUGAAGACCCUCUGUUCCCGCCAUCCGACCAGUCUCUCUUCUACCAGGGAAAUCGCAUUGGACACAUUACCUGGAAAAGACCCAAGGAGUUGAGCAGCAACCCUCACCUGUUUGUAGACGGGCUCAGCGCUCACGACUUGCACCAAGGCCAGCUGGGAAACUGCUGGUUUGUCGCUGCUUGUUCCAGUCUGGCUUCCAGAGAAGCACUCUGGCAAAAGGUGAUUCCGGACUGGAAGGAUCAGGAAUGGAACGAAGAGAAACCAGAAACGUACGCCGGGAUCUUCCACUUCCAGUUCUGGCGGUUCGGCCAGUGGGUGGACGUGGUGAUCGAUGACCGGUUGCCAACGGCGAACGGAGAGCUGGUGUACUGCCACUCCAACGACAGGAACGAGUUCUGGAGCGCGCUGGUGGAGAAAGCCUACGCCAAGUUGUGUGGAUGCUACGAGGCUCUGGACGGGGGCAACACGGCCGACGCCCUGGUGGAUUUCACCGGCGGCGUCUCUGAGCCGAUGGAUUUGACGGAGGACGGGAUCAAAGACGAAGAGGAGAAACGCACCAAUCUGUUCGACAGAGUCCUGAAGGUUCACGACAGAGGAGGCCUCAUCAGCUGCUCCAUCCGGGCGGUUUCUGCAGCAGACAUGGAGGCCAAGCUCGCCUGCGGCCUGGUGAAGGGCCACGCGUACGCGGUGACAGACGUCCGCAGAGUGAGGCUCGGCCACGGCCUGCUGGCCUUCUUCAAGUCGGAUAAACUGGGCAUGAUCCGCAUGAGGAACCCCUGGGGCCAGAGGGAGUGGAACGGGCCCUGGAGCGACAGCUCUGAAGAGUGGAAGCGGGUCAGUAAGAGCGAGAGGGAGAAGAUGGGCCUCACUGUGCAGGAUGACGGCGAGUUCUGGAUGUCGUUUGAUGACUUCCUCGCUAACUUCACCGACCUCAUCCUCUGCCGUCUCAUCAACACAUCCCAUCUGAGUUUAUAUAAGACCUGGGAGGAGGCCGUGAUGCGGGGCUCUUGGCGUCGCCAUGACGACCCACUUCGCAACCGUGCCGGAGGCUGCAGCAACAACAAGCUGUCCUUCCUUCAGAACCCGCAGUACGUGUUUGACGUGAAGAAGCCGAAAGAUGAGAUACUGAUCUGUCUGCAGCAAAAGGACCGCAAAACCGCUCUGAGAGAAGAACGAGGGGAAAACCUGCCGAUCGGCUUCGAAAUCCAGAAGGUGGAGCUGAACAGGAAGUACCGUAUGCAUGUUGCGCAGCAGAAGGCUGGAGGAAGCAUCUUCAUCAACUCCAGGUCUGUGUUUCUGCGCAUCAUGCUGAAUGAGGGCCGAUACGUCGUCAUCCCCACGACCUUUGACCCCGGCCUGGAAGGAGAGUUUCUGCUGCGCGUCUUCGCCGACGUUCCCACCAACUGCAAGGAGUUGACUCUAGAUGAGCCGCCUCAGACCUGCUGGUCCGGGUUGUGUGGUUACCCGUCUCUGGUCACUCAGGUCCACGUGCUACAAGCUAACGGUUUGGCAGCACAAGACUCAGACGGAGGCUCAGAUCCCUAUGUGAUCAUCCGCUGUGAAGGAGAGAAAGUUCGCUCUUCAGUUUAUGAAAACACCUGCAGCCCCGUCUUCAACACCAAAGGACUCUUCUACAGGAAGAAAGCCAACCGACCAAUCAGCAUCGAGGUUUACAACCACAACAUCAUUAAGGACGGUUUCCUAGGCCGCGUGUCGGUGCCGGCCGAGCAGGGAAAGGUCCAGAAGACGCUUCACCUGAAGGAGAAAGACGACGGCAACGACCUUUCUGGGACCAUCAGCCUGGUAGUGGAGACCAGCUCAGUGCUCACCAGCAUCUGAAACCAAAACUUUUUACGUUUACGUCUUUUCUUUCUUUUUUUAAUAAAAUCCCUUCAGUAUGAACUCAAUGUUUGCCAAUCAAAACACCAAAUAAAUCAUCUGGGUUUAUCACCACUUACUUAAAAAUGAACUUUUAUCGUUUCCACAUAUUAAAGUAUGAAGGAAUAUUUGGGACAUGCUAAGAAAAAAGAAAACAUAGUCAUAAAAUUACAAGAAUAAAGUCAUAAUUUUAUUAGUGGAAAGUUGUGUUAUGAGAAUGAACUCAUAAUAUUACAAUAACAUUUGUAAUAUUACAACUUUAUUCUCAUUGUAAUUCUUGUAUUAUUACUCUAUUCUCAUAUUUGUAGGACUUUAUUCUCGUAAGAUUGACUUUUUCUUGUAUUAUGAGUUUUUCAUAUUUGUUUGUCUUAUACAAAUUUAUUCUUUUUUCUUUUUUUUCUUAGCCUGUCCCUAAUACUCAGUGGUACGUUUCCACAUUCUGCCUUCUGCUUUUAUUUCUUACCUUUUAUGGUGUUUUUCUAUAUGUGGCACUUUAUAUUAUGAAGGUUUAUUUAGUUCUCAUUUAUAGAUUUAAUUAAAAAACAUAAUGCAUAACUAUUAACUUAAGUCCUUGUCUGUUUUUAUUACAAACAUUUAGAAAUUUAUUAUAACGAACUUAUUCCAGAAAGGUCAGAGGUCAGGUGUGACUUUGUUGGGUGUUUACACUUCUGCCAUUAGGGGGCGCUGUGUCUGAUAGUUGCCUACUAGCAUGAUGCUGUGUUUUUUUUUUAAACAGUGCCAACUUUUACAACCGGAGUUAAUUUAAAGAAAUGAACGUCGGAUCGGGUUAAACGCGCCUGUCUUUGUUUCCGGUGGUUUACGUGUCACUGCUGCCAUUUCUGUGUUUAAAGUGGAUUUAAAAAUGAGUUUAACUGACGGCUGAAACUUUUACCUGUGAAAACUAAACGGACCAACAACACAACGCUUAAAUCUUUGAGAAGUGACCUGAGCAUGAAUUAUUUCAUCUUCUCUGCUUCAUUUUUAUUGAUCUAUAAUAUCAUCAUGUAAAGCCUUUUGUCUAUUUGUACAUGUAAGAUAAAUUUAUUAAACUUUUCCAGUCAACGAUGA